CAUAGCAAAAAGAAAUUAGGUCGUUUUAAAAGAGGUCGAAAGAGAAUCUCUUUCAUACCUUGGUAGUUUACGAGUGACAAGCUAAAUACAUUUUUUUUACUUGUACAGUCUCGAAGAUUUGCAAAACUUGCCACAGCAAAAAGGAAAAAUGUCCCUUAAUAGUAUAUAUACAGAUGGGUUCACAUGCAGAGCACCAUUCUGCGAGGCUUCUGAUGGCGAUUUUGUCUCUCUGGAAUUGAAUGAUUUCAACAAAGAAGAUAUCAAGAAAUAUUUCAGGCCGUGUACUGUAGAUCCCAAUAGGAUUGAUGUAUUUGUGUCACUCCAUGGAAAUAAUGGCAUUCGGCGGUUGUCCGCAGCAGAAUACUAUAAUAUGAAUGGAAAUAGAAACCGACAGAAAAUAGAAGAAUAGCGGAAAGAAGAAUUAAACAUAAAGAUUGAAAUAGAAAUUCCAACCCCUAAAACCGUUUCUGUUGACAAAUACCUUUUGCAUAUCUUAUACAUGAUGGAACACAUACAUCCCCUUUUCAGUUUCUAUGGUUUCAAUACUUCAAGAAACAGGUGAAGAAACCAUGUUGGAUCAA